GCAUAUUAUGGUUAUAAAAAAACGAACUAUAUAAGUAUUGAAAUAUAGAAAACUCUUUGUCAUAAUUUAUGAAGAAGCCUAUUUCUAAAAAGGAAUAUACAAGCAAUAGCAAUUUCUAUAGGGCUUAAGCGGUAAGCCAUUUUAAGAGUUGUGCACACUCCACACAUUAAACUCUCGUGAAUUGUGAAAUGUGUUUUAAUAUAUAGAAAAUUUGAUUUAUUGAAGAUAGACUUUGAUUUAAAGUCAAAGCAUUGAAAAUACAUUGUCACUUUUAUAAACUGUUGUGACCACGAAUUACUUAAGAUAUCUCACUAACAUGGUUCAAAAAGGACCUCGUCCUUUAGUUCUGUGUGGCCCGUCAGGUUCUGGGAAGAGUACAUUAUUAAAACGGUUGUUAAAAGAAUUCCCUGACAAGUUCGGUUUUAGCGUGUCUCACACAUCGAGAGGACCACGACCCGGUGAAAAAGAUGGAGUUCAUUAUCACUUCACCUCAAAGGAACAAAUGGUGUCGGCUCUUGAUAAAGGGGAGUUUAUUGAAACCGCUAUUUUUAGUGGGAAUAUGUAUGGAACAAGCAAGAAAGCUGUUGAAGACGUUAGGCGUACAGGCAGAAUUUGUGUCCUGGAUAUCGAAAUUGAAGGAGUGAAGCAAAUAAAAAGAACUGACUUGGAUCCAUUGCUUGUUUUUGUUAUGCCACCAUCUAUUGAUGAGCUUGAGAGACGACUUCGUAAUCGCAAUACUGAACAAGAAGAUGCACUACAAAAGAGAUUGGAACAAGCUCGCCAUGAGAUUGAAUAUGGUAUGGAGCCAGGAAACUUCCAUAUUCUUAUUCUCAAUGACAGUAUAGAGAAGGCAUACACGGAAUUGCGUGAUUUUAUUGGCAAAAACAUGAAUAAUGCAGUCGAAGAGAAAGAUGCUUCAUUGGACAAGUAAGCAGUGCUUGGAUUUGUUAUAAAUAAUCCUAAUUAACCCAGAAAUCUAGAUUUUACAGGAAAUUUGUUAUUUUUGCUUUUGUAGAGAAUCUAUGUUGUUUUAGUAAAAUAAAAGGUAUUUCAAAUAUAGGUAGUUACCUACCUAUAUUUGAAAUACCUUGUUAGUUACCUAGUUAGGUAACACUGAAAAUGUUUAGAAAAUUUAAAACGGCUUAAUGUAGAAAGUUGCCAGUAUUUUAUUGUUUUUGAAGUAAUCUCCAUUCCUUUCUCCACAUCGUCGGAUUCAAUGGAACCGCUGAGAAAAUUGGGCCCAUUCUUGCUUAGGGGUCUCUUCUAUGGCAUUUUCGUACGCUUUCAUCGCAUCUUCAGGGCUCGUAAAGCGAAUACCUCGAAUUUUAUCUUUAGUUCUUGCGUAUAAAUUAAAGUCACAGGGCACAAGGUCAGGACUGUAUGGCGGAUGACUCAUUAUCUCGACACCUGCCAUAGUCAAAUAUCUAUAGUCAAGUCUCAUCGGCAAAGAAGACAGAGGAUGUAGGCCAAGAGAAAAAGC